GAGCCGAUUCAUAUAAUAACAGCAUCAACGUUUCACCAAAGAACGUAAAUUAUGUCAAGUGCAUAUUCAUACAAUUUUUCGCAAUUCAAUCGGUUCAUUUUGGUUUUGGUACGAAAAUUAGUUUCGCCGUCAUAAUUUCCUUGCUGUACUUCGAGAAUCGCUAGAAAUUUGAAGGUGUGUGAACUCUGGCUGUGAAAUGCCUCUAAUAACUUCAAUAUAAUUUUUUAAAUUGUUUCACACUUUUUUCCCUUCUUAAUAAAAUAGAUUCGUUGUUAAUAUAUUAGUUUGUCAAAUAUCUCCCUUCCGCUUUUUUGCUCUUCAUUCCAUGCUUUAUAAAAAGUGUUACAGGGAUCGAAUUUAGUGAAUAUAUGCGCCGAUAUGUUCGAUUAUCUGUUGCCAUUGACUAUAAUUAUUUUUAGUUCGCGAGAAAUGCCAAAAUGGAGCAAAAAAUUCCAAUUGGGUAAUCGAUUUCAUGCAACCCUGUGCCGGUUUAUUUUCAUUUUACUUUUUUGAGCGGUAAAAUAUGCUAAAUACAAAUUUAGCAUUUCCUGCAAAUUACCUCGCGGUUUUGUAAACAAUUGAAAUUUCUGUUUUCGUUUAAUUUUAAUAAAAUACCAAAUCAAUAGAAACAUAAAAAUAUAUAUAUUAAAUCUUUUGAGAUUCUUUAUAAAGUGCUCAAAUGGCGUGUAAAGUCUUUUGGGUACUGUUUGCCAUGUUGGCUUUGAGCGCUACUGCAGCCUCUAUAAAAUUGAAUUAUCCUCGUGUGCUUCUACCAAUAUUUAGUAAAGUAUCAGUGAACUUUACAUUGGAAGUGAUUGAAAAAGGAUGUUUCAAGUGGUCAUCAUCGCGCCAAGAUUUGAUACUUAUUACUCCACUUUAUGAAGAUAUAGAAAGCGAAUGUUCAUAUCGUGCAACGGUCACAGUGUUAACACGCGAACGCCGCCAUAAUGCAGCUAUUGUGUUGGCUGAAGAUGUCAACACUGGCGAAUCUUUACGUUGUGAUGUUAUUCUGGAUGUCAUCGACAAAUUGGGGGUGCGAACUACAACGCGACAAUUGUUCCUCGAAGAAGCGCCAGAAACGUUUGAACUGCGCGCAGAGGAUUCGCAAGGCAAUGAGUUUACAACUCUGGAAGGCAUUGAAUUCAGUUGGGUAAUUUCUUCACUAAGCAGUCGUAGUGGUAGCAAAAAUUUUGCGCCAGCUUUAAGGUUUCUGACUUUUAGUGAGAGUCCUUACCACGUAGUACCACCGGCAUUGGAGAAGUUUGAGACACAACGUAUGAAAGGUUACAUGGUAUUAUUGGAAGGCAUUAAUACAGGGAUUGCUAAGGUUACCAUAAGCAUACCCUACCCUGAGUACAGUCAUGUACCGAAAAUGGAAGUUUACAUCAAUGUAUUAGCAAACAUUAUACUCGAGCCAUCCGAUGUACAUAUGCUCCCUGGUGAUAAAAUAGAUUUCCGCAUACUGCAACUAAAAAUGGGUAAACUUCAAGAAAUUUCCUUGAACGAUCAGUAUUUCUUGGAAAUUGAAAAUGAUAAUGUCGCUUCAAUUAGAGGUAAUAGUCUUACCGCUUUGAAAUUUGGUACAACCACAGUGGUCUUGCGCGAUCGUAACGCGCCAAUUGAUGAGGAAAAUAGUCAUCUAGAUAGCACAAUCGUAAAAGCUUCAACGCCUAGUGCACGUGUGACAAUCGCUGAAGCAGUGCGUUUAACAAUCACUCUAUUACCGCAUGAUAACUGGAUUACAGUAGAGGGAGAGAAACAUGAAAUAGCGUUGGACUUGUACACACGCGAUGAUAAAAAGAUUACACUGGGCUCAUAUUUCAAGAUGCACACUGAAUUCGAUGAAGUGCUCUUCUACAUAAUAAAUAAAAAUAAAAACGGUAGUCGCACAUAUGGCGAAGCUAUUCGUCAGGGCGUUUCACCAGUUUAUGGUUCUUUUCAAGGGCUAACUGUUCAAGCAGAUCUGCACAUAUUUAGUGAACUACUCCUCUCACCCAGUAAAGUCAUUCUUCCUUUUGAUCCAAAUGUCUCGAAAACCCAAAAAAUUCAAUUCCAUGCACGUGGUGGCGAUGGUUCUUACACUUGGCAUUCGCAAAAUCAACGCACGCUGCAUAUUUCACAGACUGGUCUUGCUACUACAGUCAUACGCCACUCCGAAAGCAAACGUUCGCAAGCGGAUGUUUUGGAAGAAGGCUCUUUACUUACUGCUCAUGCCAGCGUGAGAGUAGCACUAGCUAAAAAUCCAAAAAUCACACGCCAAGCUGAAGUGUAUUUCGUACCACCUAUUAAAUUGGAAAUUUUGAAUUACAACUUUGAAACAGCUCUAAAGGAUUAUGUGCGCUUACAAGUCGCAAUGUAUGGAUUUAUAAAUCAAACUCUUUUGCCAUAUACCCGCUGUGAAAAUAUAAUUUUCGAAUAUGAGUUUUCCAAUCAAAUCUUCCAAGUGGAUUAUAAUGAACAGACCACACAAAUGCUUAAUAAUGCUUGUCAAGUUGUACACUUGCGUAGUACUGCUAUCGGUCUGACGAACUUACGCAUAUCAUACAGAUUCCAAGAUAGAUUGCUCAAGGAUGAGGUGACUUUAAGCGUCUUCGAACCAUUAGUUGUUAUAAAUCCCAGCGCAAAUGAGGUCGUUUUGCCGAUUGGUGCAUCCCGUAACAUAAUCUACGGCAAUGGUCCGCAAAAGAUGUUUACAUUAGAAAGUGAAUUAACCAAAUCUGUUGAAUAUGAUAAAGAAAUCGCUAAAAUAGUCGAAAUGGAAUAUGAAACACAAGAACCGAUGCAUGUAUUUAAUGUUAUGUGUAAAAAAGUUGGCAAAACUAGCUUCAAUUUCAAUAUACACAAUGCCCUGGCUAGUUCAAUUUUCCAGCCAUACAUUUCCAACGUUGUCACUACGGUGCACUGCGUUAAACCGCGUUUUCUCAAUUUAUAUGCUACUGAACAAUUACGUACAUCCUGUCCUAUGGAGAUAAAAAAAUCACUGUUACACAUAAAAGAACGUGAUGAUAAGUUUGAAAUUGAAAUUGAGGUACAAGACUCGAAAAAUCGUAAAUUAAUGAACAUUACAUCGCUAUUCAUUGAUUGGGAAUUCGCUGCUGGCGACGAGCGUUAUCAAAAUGAUGCUAUAAUGCAUUAUCGUCGUACAGAGGAGGAUCUUUUCGAGGGCGUACGUUUGCCGGCACGUGAUGUGCUAAUAACGACCAUAUCGAAUGUGGCACAGAAUUUCCGUAUUAAGGGUGUGGUUACACGCUAUGAUGCGACGGUGUUGAAGAAACAUAAUAUCUAUCCGGAAGAGCCUAAUUUUGCGGUGCAGAAUUCCAAAACUGGUGAACUACAUACGCCUGUAAUUGAAAACGAAAUACGCUUUAUGGCCGUGAACAGCACACUUUUCCCUAGCGACCAUGUCAGUAUAUUUAUGGCCAAAAAUCAUCGUGAACGCAUACCAAUUACACAGGGCAGUGGAUUUUAUGAUUUUGAAUUGUAUGACCAGAAUGUCGUAAGCGUGGAGUAUGAUGCUAAAGAGCGAGAGUUGAUAGUCACACCUUUGCGUGUUGGACAUGCACGUCUUGAAGUCAUCGAUCGCUGUCUAAUGACCGAACCAGCGCAUCUUUCAAUUUCUGUCGUAACAAUUGGUUCCAUCCGUGUCGUAUCACCCGAUCACGUUGAACGUACAAAAUCCAUUGAGGCCAUCGUUAAGCUUUACGAUUCCAAUGACAAUUUGCUGCACAUAGAUCCUUUUAAUUUACAUGUGUAUGAAUUAACGGAAGAGAUUUUCAAUUCAGAUAUACUGAGUGUAACAUUGGGCGAUCAGCUCGAUUUGGAGAAGGGCGAAAUAAAAUAUAUUAUAACCGGAAAUAACCUUGGUGAGACCAAAAUUGUUUUUACGGCCGGAAGUGACGACUUGAAGGUUGGCAGUGAACCAGUAAAUGUGCAGGUAUUUCCGCCUCUACGUCUCUACCCACGCAAUUCCACUUUGGUAGUCGGUUCUAGCGUACAAAUUUACUAUCAUGGUGGACCACAACCGGAUGUAAACAUUGUCUAUUAUGUACAUGACAAAAAACUUAUUUCAAUGGAGUCAGCUAUUGUUACGGCACAUAAACUGGGCGCAACCAAAAUCACCGGUAAAUGUGUUAUGACAAAUCCCGGAAAUGGCAAAGAAGUGGCCAUCUCCGCUGACACAGUGGAAGUGCAUGUUGUGCCAUUUGUGAAUAUACAAGUCAAGACACCGUUAGUGCGCAUCCGUAGCGGUGCAGUUAUGCCAGCUGCUGUAUGGGGUGUGCCUGACCUGUCGCCCAUGGUGUUGGGCACGUUGGAGAAUAUGCGUGUGACUUGGACAACAAAUCAACCGGAUGUGGUAGACAUUUACAAUGUAUUUGCGGAUUCUGGUGUUGAAUAUGGCGCCGCAGAUUUAAUAUCGGUGCGUGUUAAGGCUUUAAAUCCUGGCAAGGCCAAGAUUCAGGCCACUGUCGAAUUAUCAACUGGUCAUAAAAUCACAAACUCAGUUGAAGUUGUUGUUUUCAAAAUAUUGGAACUUGAAACGCCCAAACAUAUUAAAAUGGAUUGGAUUUUAGUGGCGCCACGUAGCACAAUACAACUGAAAGCUAACUCAGAUGAUGUUCUCUACAAAUUGGACAACGAUAGUACGGGCAUUGUUAAGGUUUCCCCGGACGGCGUUGUGCGCACGCAGGAUACACUUGGUCGUGAUUUGAUUAUUGCCAAAACAUUCGAACAAACACUACCCAUUGGUAUUGAAGUUAAAAAUAUACAAUAUAUUUUGGCUUCACUGGCCUAUCCCAUUUCGCGGCUGAAACAAAGUGAGGGAAAAAUUCCACGCGGCAUGAAUUUCGUGCUGAAAAUCUCACUACACGAUAAUUUGGGCAAUGAAUUUUCACAUAAUAUCGAGGAUGUUAAUGGCUUGAAGUAUGAUUUGUCGCGUAAGGAUAUGGUGGAUGUACAGAUUGGCAAUAAUCUGACAAUAGCGAUAAAUCUGCCGCGUGAAACAAACAACAUGAUCGCCAUCAGCUUAAAGGACACGACGGGUGUUAAACAUGCUGAGGAUUACAUCAAACUGUCAGUGGCGGAAUCGAAGAACACGUUCCCAACUAAGACGAUUUUCUCAGUGGGCGACAUCAUUUGCUUCGAUUCACCGUUAACAUUGUCGUCAGUUUGGAGCAGUUCGGAUGAGCAAAUUAUAACUAUUGACAGAUUUACAGGAGUCGCACGAGUGCUCAGCAAUCGCUUGAAAUUGGGCGAAAAAAUUGUUGUAACCAAUGGCGAUAAAGCUAGUGGCAGUUCCAUAAAAUAUGAUGUCGAAGUUCGUGAUGCCGAUGUGAUUCAAUUAUUGAAAUCAUUCGAUAUAUUUAGCGGUUCAUCGUAUCGAGGACAUUUGGUUGUGCGCAAUCAUUUGCAAGUGGAUAAGUUUACCAACUUGCACGCCAGAAAUAUUUCGAAAUGCUCAAGUGUCCUUGAACGCAUGUCCACGGUAAAACUAUUCACUUGCCGCCUAACAUCCAAACAGUCCUUGGGCCAACAGCUACUCGAACAUUAUGUGGUAACGCCUAUUUUUGAGGCCGACACCGGACGCUAUGCGUGCCAGAUUGAAUUGUCGUCGAAUUUCAAUGAAGUCCUUAGCAUUGUGAAGACUAAUGAUGUCCAAUUCGAUUUGGAGGCUCAGCUGCCAAACGGUUUAUCGGAUGUUAUGUCAUUGAAAUUCGUGCCCGGCGUACGUGUAACACCGGCAGCGCUGGAGGCAUCUGAAUUGAAAGAACAAGAUUUGACAAUCACUGGACUGGAUAAAGUAUUGCAGAAGGUGGAGGUGAAAGCAUCCGAUGCAAAAUAUUUGCAAGUCACACAACAAGUAAAAGCGCACGGCUCCUUGCAAUAUAAGGUGAAGAUACAGCACGAACUGCCAACGGAUGAGCAAUUAUUUAUCCAUGUCCAUUCACCAACAACACUACAAGACAUUGAGAUACCAAUACUUGGCACCAACAAUUUGCUACAAACUUGCUCCACACAACCGUUUAGUAAUUCAUCAUCGUUUUUCGUGAAAGUUAUAUCGAAUAUUGGGCUCAUCGUCACAGCGCUGGUCGUCCUGGGAUUCACUGUUUGGUUGUAUGUCUUCCUGAGUCCACAGCAGAGCAAAACGGAAAUCAACACUGACG